GACUUAUAUUGCAAUAGAAUAUAACUACACAAUUUUUAAAAAUUCAAAAAGAAAAAAAAAUACCCGCUUACCAAUCCAAUAAUGCCGAACGUUGUGGUGACUUGCACCUUUAACCCUCCCGACAUUACAGUGAGAAGCGCCAGUCUCCGCCAGGAGACUAUCGACGCGCUUCAAAAAGCAUUGCCCAAGCAUACAACUACAAGCAUGCCGACCCAACGAAAGAUCGAGCCCUGCUUCCUGCUGACCUCUAAAGAGACCACUAAUGGAGGCAACGAGAAUGUUGCACCCGAUACAAGUAAGUACUCGAGCUGGAAGAUUGAAUUGGCCCAGCACUACUGUUGUCAGAAAGGUCGUGCCAUGUUCUUCCUCACUAUAAUGGAAGCGUUGGAGGAGGAAGGCUUCGCGAUGCGAGGUGUUCACACUGUCGUAAGGGAUGAUGGUAAGGACGUUACUCGAAUGAUAUUUGCGCGUGCAUGAGGUUCUACUAAUAAUAAGGCAACUAUGUAGAAGAAUUAUGUUGCUUCGGGUGAAGGUAUAAUGUUAGUCAUUUAAUAAUAGGACUUGAGACUGGAACUUUAGCGUGGCAAAAUGUAUUGGAAUCGUGCUGAUAAUGUAUAUAAGAAAAAAUGCUAUUUUAUUUCUUUAUUUUUUUGCUUCUUUACGGGAGAAUAAUUUCGCAAUAUGUAUUUUAAUUUUAUCGAGAUGUAAUUGGAUCCCUUUUCUUUUUGUGCAGAUAAAUUGGACUAAGUCACGGCAUUGCUGUUGUUUUUCUUUAAAAAAAGGUUCAAAUGACAUGUUAAUCAUUACGGCAAUCUGCAAAUUCUAAAGGGCUCCCCUCUGAUAAACAAAA